AUGCCGCCCGCCCCCGAUGGCAAGAUCUACUCCGCUACGUAUAGCAAUGUUCCCGUUUACGAAUUCAACGUAGCCGGCAACCAUGUCAUGCGCCGCCGCGCUGACGACUGGAUCAACGCAACGCACAUCCUCAAAGUAGCCGACUAUGACAAGCCCGCGCGCACCCGCAUCCUGGAGCGCGAGGUGCAGAAGGGCGUCCACGAGAAGGUGCAGGGCGGCUACGGAAAGUACCAGGGCACAUGGAUCCCUCUGCACGACGGGCGCAUGCUCGCAGAGCGCAACGGCGUCCUCGAGAAGAUGCUGCCCAUGUUCGACUUCAUCCCCGGCGACAGAAGCCCUCCGCCUGCCCCGAAACAUGCGACCGCAGCUUCAAGCCGUCCCAAAGCACAGCGCGCGAGCGCCGCUGCAGCCGCCAGAGCCAACGCUUUUGUGUCAAAUCCGCCGCCUCAAAUUCCCGAGGACCCGUACGUCGAGCAGCCACAGCCACCGCAUAUAUACCGCGACGAGACGCCGGACAAUGUGACUGUCGUGUCGGAGAGCAUGUUGGGGGACCAGGACAUGCUCACGGCCUCGCAGUACUCUGCCAGCAGCCGGAAACGCAAGAGAGGCGCCGACCAGAUGUCUGUGGAAGACACGCAGCACCAGAUGUGGGCCGACGCACUGCUCGACUAUUUCAUGCUUCUCGAUUCUGACGAAGGCUUCGUCGCACCACCUGAACCGCCACCCAGCGUCAAUCUAGACCGCGCCAUCGACGACAAGGGACACUCGGCGAUGCACUGGGCAGCAGCCAUGGGCGAUCUCGAAGUAGUGAAGGAGCUCAUCCGGCGUGGCGCACGCAUAGACUGCGUCUCCAACAACCUGGAAACCCCCCUGAUGCGCGCCGUCAUGUUUACUAACAACCACGACAAGGGCACAAUGCAGAGCAUGAUCAAGAUCUUCCAGCAGACGGUGGUCCGGUCUGACUGGUUCGGGAGCACUGUAUUUCACCACAUCGCAGCUACCACGAGCAGCUCGAACAAAUACUCAUGCGCGCGCUACUAUCUAGAUUGUAUCAUCAACAAGCUGUCAGAAACAUGGAUUCCAGACGAGGUCACGCGGUUGUUGAACGCGCAGGAUCAGAACGGAGACACAGCAAUUAUGAUUGCUGCACGACAUGGCGCGCGAAAGUGUGUACGGAGUUUGUUAGGACGCAACGUUGCUGUCGACAUACCGAACAAGAAGGGCGAAACAGCAGAUGAUCUUAUCCGUGAGCUGAACCAGCGACGGCGGAUGCACGGCCGGCCACGGCAAGCAUCAUCAUCACCGUUUGCACCACCGCUAGAGCAUAGGAUGAAUGGACAUGGAGGCCAUUUGGACGAGAUGGGCCCCUCGCUAUCAUUACCUUUCCCGAGCCUCUCAGCCCGCGAAUCGCAGCGCAGCGAGUACCGCUCGCAAACAGCUUCGCACCUCAUGACCAAGGUGGCGCCUACGCUGCUAGAAAAAUGCGAAGAGCUCGCUGCAGCCUACGAAGCGGAACUGCAAGAGAAAGAGGCCGAGUCACUCGACGCAGAACGCGUGGUCAAAAAGCGGCAAGCCGAGCUAGAAGCAACGCGAAAGCAAGUAUCCGAGCUCGCAAGCAUGAACAACGGGCUGCACAUCGACCUGGGCGACGAGGAAGCAGACCGCCAUCAAGAAGACGAACUGCGGAUGAUGGUCGAGGAGGCGGAGUCGCUCCUCGAAAUCGAGCAGAUGACAGAGCUCAAGCGGAUAUGCGCCGCACAACCACAGAUCAACUCGAAUUCACCCGUCGAUCUUGCGGAGAAGAUGCGGUUGGCGCUGCUGCUUCAUCGCGCGCAGCUGGAGCGGCAGGAGCUUGUGCGAGAGGUUGUGGAGAAUCUUUCUGUGGCGGGCAUGGGCGAGAAGCAGGGCGUGUACAAGAGUCUGAUUGCGAAGGCGAUUGGGGAGAGGGAGGAGAAUAUCGAGAGUAUGCUGCCGGAUAUCUUGAAGGAGCUGGAGGAGGCGGAGACGCAGGAGCGGGCGGAGGGGCUGGAGCAGAGUCCUGUGUAG